GAACAUCUUAACUUUUGUUAAUAUUUUCAGACUGUUUUUUUUUGUGAAAAAGUUUGAGAGAAGAACGAUCUUAACGCUGUGUGUAAGGGAACGGCUGAACAGUGUGCUGUUAGUGAAUGUAACCUAAGUUGGAUUAAAUGGGGAGUGAGAAAAGUGACAAAAAUGAGAGAAAUGGCACAGAAGAUGAGGCGGAAGAAUGGAGAAGCAAAUAGAUUGGCAGCGUGAAAGAGAAUCCCUGAGAACAUCUACACUUCUACAUGAUCUCUCUGUGACCUUCUAGUAACAUGCCAGUAGGCAGAAUGGCUCUGAUUCAUUGCUCCAUGGUGUGAUUGAGCACAUGUCCUGCAAUCAACUGCCAUCCCAAACCACGUUUUAUACAACUGAGCAAUUGAGGGUUAAGGGCCUUGCUCAGGGGCCCAGCGGUGGCAGCUUGGUGGACUUGGGAUUUUCCAAUUGGUAGAAAUGGGUUUGGGAUCUUCCAAUUGAUAGUCUAACACCUUAACCAAUAGGCUACUACUUUAUUAAAUACACUUAUUUAGCCAAUCAUGAACCGUCAGAAUGGGGGGAAAUGUGAUCUCAGAGAUUUUGACUGUGGCCUGAUUGCCUGAAAGGUUGGUGUAAGUAUUGGUAUAACUGCUGAUCAUCUGGGAUUUGUGGUCGCUUAGUGGCUAAAGUGUUUGGAAGGUUGUUAGUUUGAAUCCCACGUCCAUCACACCGCCACUAAAAAGGACAGGUUAACCCUCAAGUGUUUAGUUGUAUAAAAACAAUAUAAAAAUGUAAGUCGCUCUGGAUAAGGGCAACUGCCUAAUGCCAUAAAUGAAAAAAGUUAAUUGAAAUUUUCAAGUGCUUAGGAUCGCUGGAGGUCACAACCCUGGAGGUGUGAGGCGAACGUGCUAAUCACUAAGCCACCGUGCCCCCCCUACUAUUUUCUUGUCUAAGGCAAAUAAUGAAGCUGUGUUCGCUUUCCUAGGUCUUCAGGAUGUGUGUAAAACGAGCGAUCUGGUGGAUGGUGGUGUGUGCUGUGGUUCUGCAGGUGAGCACUCAGCACUGGUCUCAUGGCCUCAAUCCUGGAGGAAAGCGUGCAGCAUUGCAAGAGAAUGUUGAAGAAAUCCCGAGGUCCUCCGGCUACGCGUGUGACUAUGCAGACGCUUCACCUCGGAAUAAGAUCUACAGAAUGAAAGAUCUGUUGACCCGUGUUGCUGAGAGAGAAAUUGGACAAUAACAAGCCUGGUUAAGAUCUUCAAUAAAACGCUUUGACUUUG